AAUUUCGCUCUCUAUUGAGGCUCUAUCGGUGCGGUGCAAGGCGCGUCAUGAGAAAUUAUCAACGGAUCGCCAGUUCACCGGCAGGCGCCGCGCGCGUAUGACGUGUCUUUGCUUCUAGUUCAUUAAUUUUAUUCGCAAUAACGCCGAUCGUAAAAUUUUCAGUGUUCAGCUUAUAUUUGCCAAUCAGUCAUAUUGCUGAAGUAAAAUUAAAAAGUUCAAUAUAGUUUCAUUGUGUUGUGAAGUUAUUGAUUUGGACUUUAGUGUGGGAAAAUCCUACUCGGAAUUGCCUGUUCACAGUGAAAACUUUGUAAAUUACAAUACGGAUCUACAUUUUUUACACGCUUACGUAAUCAUCUUUAAGUUAUAAAACUGAACUAUUCUGAAAUCGAGAUCAAACAUAGUUGUAUGAAAAAAGAAACUUAUUUUUCUUUCCCGCGCUCUCAAACGUCACCUCAAAAACCAAACGUCAAAAACCGAUUACAACCAAAGAGGUAGCGGUUUUGCGUCUGUGAUUGCGGACUCCUUGGUGUCGCGUUGCGGAACUAGUGAAGUGCAGUGAUAGGGCUCCGGUCGCGACGCCAAUGCGCCGCCAGCGCCGCCAUGUCGCCGCCGCGGGCGCUGCUGGCGGCUCUGCUGCUGUGUCAGCUGGUCGCCUACGGCGGACAUCAGCCGCUUACCAAGAUAUUCUACACGUUACCUGACACGGGACAGCCUCCAAUACUCAUCUCGCUGGCGGACAACGCCAAGUUAGAUCUAAAGCAAGCCGACGAGCUUCUGUUCACCAACGAGUCGGAACCACACAACGACACCACCACCUUCACUCUAGUGGAGGCGCCAGAGGAUGGAGACAAGCCGAGGACAGAGGACAAGGAGACACUCGUGGUGAGAGCCAAGCCCAUGCACGAGACCAGGCUGGCGGAGGACGCCUUCCAAACAACCACCGCCGCCCCAGACACAGACACAGAAUCUCAAACCACCACGGAAGACGAAGAGGACCCAGAAAUACCCGUCAAACCGCAGACGCCGCAAGAAGACAUCCCGUCCUUCUCAGAGUGGGCCCAGAAACAACUGGCAGAGGCGGAGAAGAAAGACACAGUCCUCAACCACUCCUCGCAGCCUAGUCAUAGCAACACCAACUUUAGCAGUAAGAGCACGAAGUUACGCUCAAAAAACUACGCGUCUCCGCCGUGUGGCGCCAAGAUAGUGGCCGUGAACCCCGAGGCUGGUUCAGCGAGCUCCAUACUGUCCCAGAAUAAGGACGAAUACAUGCUCAAUACUUGCAACAGCCGCAUCUGGUUCGUGGUGGAACUGUGCGAGCCGGUGCAAGCGCAGAAGAUAGAGAUAGCCAACUUCGAGUUGUUCUCUUCCACUCCUAAAGACAUAGCCGUGUAUUUCAGUGAUAGGUUCCCGACGCGCGAGUGGACCAGUGUGGGCCAGUUCCGCGCGGCUGAUGUCAGAGACGUGCAAAGCUUCGAUCUAUUUCCUCACAUGUUCGGGAAGUUUAUCAAAGUGGAACUGCUCUCGCAUUACGGGUCGGAGCACUACUGCCCCAUAUCGCUGUUUAAAGUUUACGGAACGUCGGAGUUUGAAGUGUUAGAGAAAGAGAGCUCGCAGCACGCGGCGCAUACUGAUGAUGAUGACGAUGAUGAAAUUAUCGACGCGCCCGACAUCGCUAGCGCAGAGUUGGACACCUCUAAAAACCUAUUCGGCUCGGCGCGGGACGCCGUCAUGUCCAUCAUGAAGAAAGCCGCGCAAGUGCUCGUCAAGACGGAAGUGCCUAAAAACGUCACAAGCGAACACAAUGAUACUAACACGGAUAAAAUGUACAAACGCUGCUGCACUCCCAGCCAUAUUAUAGUGUGUGAUAACUGCAGCGAGGCUCUCUAUAACGAGGUGUUUGAGCUGAUCAGUUGCAGCUCGGAUAAGCUCAGCAACGCUCUCCGGCAAGUUUUCUUGAGAGAGACGCUCCAGUGCACCGGGGUCUGUCUUCCCUACGGCCUCGACUUCAAAAGUACAAAACCAAUAGAGUUCAGCGAAGAACGAGUCGCCUAUAUGAACGCUUUAUUCCCGCCAAAGUAUUUAGCCGCAUUAUGCAACCUCCUCGCUAUUAAGGAAAAGAAGGUCGUCUUGAACUCCAGUUUCGAAAGUGAACUCAACGUGACCGCAAACGCGACCACAAACGAUACAACGCAAAAGGUUUCGGAAGAAAUAGGUGUAGAUCAAGAUGCUAAAAUCGUCCUGCCAAAUGAAAACACAUCGGCUGAAGAUGAUAAAACUGUUGAGACGGUCGAUGAAGAUUACAAGCCAUUAGCCCCUGAAGUAUCUACUGAGAAUGCGAUACAAGAAGAUGAGACCCUCAAACCAGACGACGGUACAGAGGAGGUCGCUCCGACAGAAGAGAAAACAGACAAACUCGAAACAGAAGACAAACAACCAACGCCCGAGCCAGAAAGACCAGACAUCCAAAAGCAAGACAUCGAAACUAAAGACAGCACAAAACAGGAGGUGAAAAAGCCGGACCAACCUGAAAAGAAGGACCCUAAUAUUGGUGAGGAGCCAAGUGAGCUGAUGAUGGAGAGCGAGGGGUACCUGUCGGAGCUAGACCAGCUGGCGGCGGACCCCCCGCCCCCCGCGCCCGGCGCCCCCGCCCCCGGCGCGCCCGCCGUCAACCAGCAGGCGCUGCAGAAGGAAUCCGUGUUUCUGCGCCUUUCUAAUAGAGUCAAGACGCUCGAGCGAAACAUGUCCCUGUCGGGCCAAUACCUGGAGGAGCUCAGCCGCCGCUACAAGAAGCAAGUCGAGGAGAUGCAGAAAUCCUUCGAGAAAACCCUUCUACAGAUGACAGAAGAACGUAGGAAGAGCAACGAGCGCGAACAGAAGUAUCUAGAACAAAUGACCAACCUACAGGACCAGCUGGCCCAAGUUGCCGCCGCCAUGAAGAUAUUGAUGGAAGAAAGAGAUAGCUGGUUCGGAAACAUAACAUUCUUCAAAUUCCUCUUCCUACAAACUGUAGUUGUAGUCGCGAUAAUAUACUACAUAAGUAAAAGGCGACGCGUCGUGCCGAUAGCUUUACCAAUUGGGAGGAAAGUGAAGAAGAAAGAUAAGGAGAAGUUGAGAAGAAAGUCGGUAGAAGGCGUCAGUGGGCACGCGACGCCGUCGGUCAAGAAGCGACGGCCGAGCGAGGAAGCGCUGGUCAUAGCGAGGCAGUCCACGGAGGAAAUGGACAGAGAAGAGGAGGUGGGUGAAUGGCAGAUCGCACGCAAGAAUAGAAAGAGAAAAACGUCCAUUCUACACAGGAAUGCCGACUGUGAUAGUCUGAACUGGGCCCGGAAAGACAGCAUCGGGAAGUUGCAAGAGAAUACGAUACCCUUAGAUGAGGAGGAGUUUGUGGCUCCAGUCACUGAGCCUAAAGAGUUCAAUGUGGUGGCUCUAAAAGCUUCUAAAGUAGAGAUACCAAAGACAAAUGGCUCGUUGUUCAACAGCUUCAAGGCCAAGCCGAAAACAAGACGGCUUUCCUCGCCCGCGUUCCUCAGAACAUUCAGUCGGCAGAGCACAAGGAGCGUCCCCACGCCCCCUAUCGUAGAGAAAACGUUCUUCAACGGAAAGGCCCCCUCAGAGUCACCCACGAGCAGCCUCUGGUCAGAAUCCACGGAGAUAUCGCACUCGCAGCCCAACGGCUUCGACGACAGCCGAGUGAAAAAGAAGAAAAGCCUCAAGAAUCUUUUCAAAAAAGUGUUUUGAAGUGCAAAGACACAUUUUAUAAGUGAUAAUGACUCUCGGUGUUGAAUGUCGAUUGUACUCAUAUUUAACCUCUUUAAAUAUGCCUGUUGUAAUUUAUUUCUUUGCUAAUCGUGUUAUUUUUAAAUUAUUGUGUAAUUUAUUUUUAAUUGUGUGCGUACGAAUUAUUGUUAUUAAUUUUAGACCUCAAUUAAUAGGUGCCAAUUGUGAUAAUAUUAAGAGCCUAACAUUAGCUGUUGUAAUUAUGCUAAAUGUAAUGUUUGUUACUGAAAUCAUGAGUGGGAAGUUAAAAGCGAACCAUAGACAAGUAAAACAAUUGGUUUGUAACAAGACAUAGACAAAAUUCAAGCUCUAUGGUUUUAUGUUUUUAAUUUCCCGCUCAAGCCGUGUAUCUGAGUUGUUUGGAUUGUGACAAUAAUCGGGAUGGAUGGACACGUGUGAACUAGUCUCGGACAAUUAAACAAAGAAUGGCAUUAAAUGCGUCAAGUUAUA